GGGGAGCUCAGACACAGUCAGGGACAGUCAGCGAUCCAGAAGCCUCUGCAGCAUGAGUGUCUCUGUGCUGAGCCCCACCAGAGACCUGGGUGGCAUCUCUGGGCUCCUGCAGGUGGCCUCCCUGCUCAGCCUGCUUCUGCUUCUGCUCAAGGCAGCACAGCUCUACAUGCACAGGCAGUGGCUGCUCAGAGCCUUCCAGCAGUUCCCGUCCCCUCCUUCCCACUGGCUCUACGGACACUACUGGGAGUUCCAGAAUGGCAUAGAGCUGCAACCGCUACUAAAAAGGGUAGAGAAAUACACAAGCGCCUGUCCUCGCUGGCUGUGGGGGACAAAAGCCCAUGUGUUGGUCUACGACCCGGACUACAUAAGGGUGGUCCUCGGGAGAUCAGAUCCAAAGAACCCUAGUUCCUACAGAUUAUUGGCUCCCUGGAUUGGGUACGGUUUGCUCCUGUUGAAUGGGCAGACAUGGUUCCAGCACCGACGGCUACUGACUCCUGCCUUCCACUAUGACAUCCUGAAGCCCUAUGUGGGUCUCAUGGCAAACUCUGUCCGAGUGAUGCUGGACAAGUGGGAGGAGCUCGUCAGCCAGGACUCGCAGCUGGAGAUCUUUGAACACGUCUCCUUGAUGACCCUGGACACCGUCAUGAAGUGCGCCUUCAGCCACCAGGGCAGCAACCAGACAGACAGGAACUCUCAGUCCUACAUCCAGGCCGUCGGGGACCUCAACAAUCUGUUUUUUUCCCGCCUGAGAAAUUUCUUCCACCAGAGUGACAUUAUCUACAGGCUGACCCCUGAAGGCCGCAGGAGCCACCAGCUCUGCCAGCUCGCCCACCAACACACAGAUAAAGUGAUCAAGCUGAGGAAGGCUCACCUGCAGGAGGAGGGAGAGAUGGAGAAGUUGAGCCAGAAGAGGCACUUGGAUCUCCUGGACAUCCUCCUCUUUGCCAGAAGGAAGAAUGGGAGCAGCUUGUCUGACACAGACCUCCGUGCCGAAGUGGACACGUUCAUGUUCGAGGGUCACGACACCACAGCCAGUGGCAUCUCCUGGAUCCUCUAUGCACUGGCCUCCCACCCUGAGCAUCAGCAGAGGUGCCGGGAAGAGAUCCAGAGCCUCCUGGGGGAUGGCGCCUCCAUCACCUGGGACCACCUGGACCAGAUGCCCUACACCACCAUGUGCAUCAAGGAGGUACUGCGACUCUACCCACCAGUACCAGCCAUCAGCAGGGAGCUCAGCAAGCCCAUAACCUUCCCUGACGGACGCUCCUUACCUGCAGGAAUCACUGUAUUGCUCUCCUUUUAUGCCCUUCACCACAACCCGAAGGUGUGGCCGAACCCAGAGGUGUUUGACCCAUCCCGCUUUGCACCAGCUUCUGCUCAACACAGCCAUGCUUUCCUGCCCUUCUCAGGGGGAUCCAGGAACUGCAUCGGGAAGCAAUUUGCCAUGAAUGAGAUGAAGGUGGCCGUGGCUCUGACCCUGCUCCGCUUCGAGCUGGCACCGGAUCCCUCCAGGGUCCCUAUUCCCACUCCCAGAAUUGUGUUGAAGUCCAAGAACGGGAUCCACCUGCAUCUUCGGAAGCUCCCCUAAUCCUCGUGGGGAUGAGAUCCAGCUCCGAGGGCCUCCCGCCUCCCAUCCUGUCUUCCUGUCACAGUCUGCUGUCCUUUGCUUCACCGCCCACGCCCUGUUCUAUUUGCCCACCUGCCAGCCUCCCUCGUCUCCUGCUCCCACCCGUCACACUGUCUGUCCUCCUCUCCCUCUCACCUUCUCCAGGCUCGCCAUCUGUUCAUCUGUCCACCUGUCUCUGUGCACCUAAAUCCUGACCGCCUGCCCGUCCUCUCGUCUGUCUGGACUCUCCCUGUCUUCCUUCCUUUCUGCCUGUCUGUCUGUGCCUGUAUUCGGCUCCUGCUGCUGCUGUGAUGAUCGACCACAGCCUUAGUGACUUAGAACAACACGAAGUUACUCCCUAAGGGUUCUGGGGUCACAAGUCUGAAGGGGGUUUUUCUGGACCACAUCCAAGGUGUCAGCAGGGCCUCCUGCCUCCAGGGCUCUAGGAGAGGAUCCGUCUCUUCACCUUUUCCCUCAACUAGAGCUGCAGUCCCUGCCUUCCGUGCCUCCUGGGCCUCCUCCACACUCACAUCCAGCAGCAUCUUCAAAUGCCUCUCUGCUUCUGUCUUCACAUCACCUUCUCCUUCACAAGGACCUUUGUGAUGGCAUGGGUUCACUCAGAUAAAACCGGCUGCUUCUCGGGUUCCAGGGAUGAAAGCGUGGACCCCCUGGGCAGCCAUCACUCAGCCGACUACAUCCUGUGUGAACCCAUCCCUCUGGGUCUCCAAUGUCUCCCACGUGCUAUGGGUCCACCCAUCUGUCCCUCACAUGCCUCCCUUCUUCCCCACUCCCUGGAUAAAGUUCACAAUGUCA